CCGCCACCGCCCCGCUCCCGCAUCCGCUCCCGCAGCUCCGCUCCGCCAUGUCCGCCGAACCGGCCCCGGCUGCCGCCACCGCCGCCGCCGCCCCCCCCGAGCCGGCCCCCGGCCCCGAGCCGCCCGCGGGCGCCGAUGAAGCGGCCGAGCACCGGGCGCUGGUGCUGACGGGCUUCGGCGGCUACGAGAAGCUGAAGGUGCAGUCGCGGCGCAGCAGCGGCCCCGGGCCGGGAGAGGUCUCGGUGCGCGUCCACGCCUGCGGCCUCAACUUCGCGGACCUGCUGGCGAGGCAGGGGCUGUACGACCGCCUGCCGCCGCCGCCCGUCUGCCCCGGUAUGGAGUGCGCCGGAGUCGUCCGCGCCCUCGGAGACGGCGUCCACGACCGGCAGGUGGGUGAUAAGGUGAUGGUCCUGGCGAAGUCGGGGCUCUGGCAAGAGGUGGUGAACGUUCCAGCCCGUCAGACUUUCCUGAUGCCUGCGGGGAUGAGCUUCGAGGAGGCGGCUGCUCUCCCUGUCAACUACAUCACUGCCUACAUGAUCCUGUUCGACUUUGGAAACCUGAGACCCAACCAGAGUGUCCUCAUCCACAUGGCUGCAGGUGGUGUGGGAACUGCUGCCAUCCAGCUGUGCAAGACCGUAGAAAACAUCACCAUUUUUGGCACAGCAUCCGCCUCCAAGCACGACGCGCUCCGGAGCAGCGGGGUCGCUCACCCCAUUGACUACAGAACGAUGGAUUACGUGGAGGAGGUCCGGAAAAUCUCUCCCAAAGGUGUUGACAUUGUCCUGGACCCCCUGGGAGGAUCUGAUACAUCCAAAGCAUUUAACCUCUUGAAGCCGAUGGGCAAGCUCAUCACUUACGGGGUAGCAAACCUGCUCACUGGGCAGAAGAAGAGCCUCGUGGCUAUGGCUAAAACCUGGUGGAACCAGUUCAGCAUCAAUGCCUUGCAGCUCCUGCAUCAUAACAAGGCUGUGUGUGGCUAUGACCUUGGCUCCAUGGAUGAAGAAUUUGAGCUCAUUGGGCGUGUUCUAUCCAAGCUGGAUAACCUUUACAGCCAAGGCAAAAUCAAGCCCAAAAUAGACUCCGUAUGGCCUUUUGAUCAGGUGGCAGAUGCCAUGAGGCAGAUGCAAGAGAAGAAGAAUGUUGGAAAGGUCAUCCUGGUUCCUGAAGCACCCAAGGAAGAGUCCAAAAAAGAAGAGAACUAAGGAGAAGAGAUGGGUGCCGAUUGUGAAUUGGUGGGUUAACUCCUUGAUCUCUUUGGGACCUGGAAAUGGACAGAUCAGUAGCUUCCAUCUUCACCAGAACAUCGUGGUUAACGUUCAGCCGAGGUUUGCAUGCUUUCAUUGUGACCGACCCCUUGCCCUCGCUGUCUGGUUUGAAGCCUGCUUAUUUUGUACACUUUUACUCCUCCCUUGUUUCCCUACUGAGUUUCCAAACUAACCUCCUUUUCCCCUGGCAGUGCAGGUGAAGCUUCCAGCAGCUGGUGC